GGCAGGCUGGGGCGGGGCUGGGAAGUAGUCGGGCGGGGUUGUGAGACGCCGCGCUCAGCUACCAUCGCUGGGCGGUCAACAACUGCGGGCCUGGCUAAGCGCGGCGGGGCGCGGAGACCGCGAGGCGACCGGGAGCGGCUGGGUUCCCGGCUGCGCGCCCUUCGGCCAGGCCGGGAGCCGCGCCAGUCGGAGUCCCCGGCCCAGCGUGGCCCGCCUCCCUCUCGGCGUCCACCUGGCCGGGGUACUGCCAGCGGGCAUGACCGACCCACCAGGGGCGCCGCCGCCGGCGCUCGCAGGCCGCGGAUGAAGAAGAAAACCCGGCGCCGCUCGACCCGGAGCGAGGAAUUGACCUGGAGCGAGGAGUUGACCCUGAGUGAGGAAGCGACCUGGAGUGAAGAGGCAACCCAGAGUGAGGAGGCGACCCAGGGCGAAGAGAUGAAUCGGAGCCAGGAGGUGACCCGGGACGAGGAGGCGACCCGGAGCGAGGAGGUGACCAGGAAGGAAAUGGCGGCAGCUGGGCUCACCGUGACUAUCACCCACAGUGAGUGUCGGGCGCCAGGUGGGCUCCGUGCUGGUCCCGAAAGCCCGGCGGGGUCUGUGGGUUAGUCACGUGUCCUCCAGAAGCGUGUGACCUUGCGCUUGUCCUGGCGUCCGGAAGCGUGGGUUCUUGGUUGUGCCCGUGGAACUGUCUUUUGUCCCGGGCUUGUGUCUGUACACUUUUCCAUGUGGCCGGUGUAUUUUGUCUCUGGCGAUUUGUGCGAUCCUGGGUAUUUGAGCUUCUCCGUGCGUUACGUCGUGGGCCUCGUUGUGUUUGUGUGCCCGCGCAGUUAUUGUGCCCUUUGUGUCAGGCAUAUAUUUGGCCAUGUGGUCUACGACUGCUUCGUGUGUGAUAAGUCAGAACUUCGUGCAUGCCGGGGUGCUCCUCAUCUGCUGAGUGCCUUCUCCGUGUGCGCCGCUUGAGUUGGCCGUGGAUCCAAGCGUUGUACUCUGGGCACCCUUUGGGUCUGCCUACUGUUGGAGUUGACACACAACCAAAUGAAGUCAGUACACCGGAGAGCUGAGUCCAUGAGGUUUCUCUAGAACCAGCUAGGGGAGGCCCAAGGGUCUGGGAAUCUGGAGACCCGGAUUCUAGAUCCUGCGGUUUUGCGUGACCUUGGGAUGGACGGCUUCUAAGAAUCCGGUUUCUCUUCUGUGAAGUAGAUUUGGUAACCCUGGCUCCCGCUGACCUUACGGAGCUGUUGGGGGAACCAAACAUUGGUGUAAUGUACUGGACACAGGCUCCCUCCUUACUGUCCACAUCCCUGGAAAAGAAUUGGCGUCUCUUCUUCAGAAAGAAAGGCUCUGCUGUUCGUAUUCGUUUGUCUGUUUACUUAGCACCAAUCAUGGAUGCACUCAAGUGUGUUCGGUGGGAGAGACUUGGAGGAAAACAGUCACUUGCCGAUUACAGCAAGCGAGACGAGACCAAUACAAUACAGGGUACAGUGCAGUCAGGCCACAGGAAGCAGAUGGCUUGUGAUGAAAAAGGCAAUGAGAAGCACGACCUUCAUGUUACCCCGAAGCAGGGCAGCAGUGAACCAGUUGUCCAAGACCUGGCCCAGGUUGUUGAAGAGGUCAUAGGGGUUCCACAGUCUUUUCAGAAACUCAUAUUUAAGGGAAAAUCUCUGAAGGAAAUGGAAACACCGUUGUCAGCACUUGGAAUACAAGAUGGUUGCCGGGUCAUGUUAAUUGGGAAAAAGAACAGUCCACAGGAAGAGGUUGAACUAAAGAAGUUGAAACAUUUGGAGAAGUCUGUGGAGAAGAUAGCUGACCAGCUGGAAGAGUUGAAUAAAGAACUUACUGGAAUCCAGCAGGGUUUUCUGCCCAAGAAUUUGCAAGCUGAAGCUCUCUGCAAACUUGAUAGGAGAGUAAAAGCCACAAUAGAGCAGUUUAUGAAGAUCUUGGAGGAGAUUGACACACUGAUCCUGCCAGAAAAUUUCAAAGACAGUAGAUUGAAAAGGAAAGGCUUGGUAAAAAAGGUUCAGGCAUUCCUAGCCGAAUGUGACACAGUGGAGCAGAACAUCUGCCAGGAGACCGAGCGGCUGCAGUCUACAAACUUUGCCCUGGCCGAGUGAGGUGCAGCAGAAAAAGGCUGUGCUGCCCUGAAGAAUGGCACCACCAGCUCUGCCGUCUCUGGAGCGGAAUUUACCUGAUUUCUUCAGGGCUGCUGGGGGCAACUGGCCAUUUGCCAGUUUUCCUACUCUCACACCGGUUCUCAAUGGAAAAUAGUGUCUUUGUGAUUUUGAGUAAAGCUCCUGUCUGUUUUCUC